AUGGAUUGGCUGACCGACAACAAAAUCCCCGUUGGCGAUGCGGCCGGCGCCUUCUUCGAUUGGCUGCAGGACAAUGGCGCCUUCUUCUUUGACGGCCUGUCCGAUGCGAUGGACGUCCUGAUCGAAGCGAUCCUGUGGGUGCUGCAGACACCCCAUCCCCUGAUCGUCGUCGCCGCCUUCGUCGCGCUGACAUGGGCGUUGCAGCGGCGCUGGUCGGUCUGCGCGCUGGUCGGGUUCGGCUUUCUGUUCAUCCUCAACCAGGGGUAUUGGGAAGAGACCACCGAAAGCCUGACGCUGGUCCUGUCGGCUUGUCUCGUCUGUAUGGCGAUCGGCGUGCCGAUCGGCAUUGCGGCAGCCCACAGGCCGCGCCUUUACGCCUAUAUGCGGCCGGUGCUCGAUCUGAUGCAGACGCUGCCGACCUUCGUCUAUCUCAUUCCGGCGAUCGUCUUUUUCGGGAUCGGCAUGGUGCCGGGCCUGAUCGCGACGGUGAUCUUCGUCUUGCCCGCGCCGAUCCGGCUGACCCAUCUGGGUGUUUCCUCGACGCCGAUGCCGCUGCUCGAAGCGGCGCGCGCGUUCGGUGCGACGCCCCGGCAGACCUUGUGGAAGGUGGAGCUGCCCUAUGCGGUUCCGCAGAUCAUGGCCGGUCUGAACCAGACGAUCAUGCUGUCGCUCUCCAUGGUGGUGAUCGCCGCUCUGGUCGGCGCCGACGGGCUCGGCGUUCCGGUUGUGCGGGCGCUCAACCGGGUCGACACCGCGCUCGGCUUCGAGAGCGGCUUCAUCAUCGUCGUGGUUGCGAUCAUGCUGGACCGCAUGCUGCGCAUCGAGGCGCGCAAAUGA